AUGGUUCUAGCAAAGUCCAAAAAGAGCGUCGGGCUCGGAAAUGCCCUCAUGAACGACCGGACAAACCACGCCACGGGCGAGCAGUAUCUCGUCAACGAGAAGCAGGAUGCCGCGUGGGUCAAGAUGCGCUCCGUCACCGAGCAGGGCGCGCUCGACGAGUUCCUGGCCACUGCCGCGCUGGCAGGCACCGACUUCACCGCGGAAAAGAUGAACAACGUCAAAAUCAUCCACACCGACCAGAGGAACCCCUAUCUCCUGUCUGCGCACGAGGAGAGAUCUGUGUUGGGCAAGCACCGCAUGCACAAGGCGCGGUUGACGGUGCCGAGGAGGCCGCAGUGGGAUGCCUCCACAACGCCGCAGGAGCUGGAUGUCAAGGAGCGCGAGAGCUUCCUGAACUGGAGAAGGGGACUGGCCGAGCUGCAGGAGAAUAAUGACCUCCUCAUGACGCCAUUUGAGCGGAACAUUGAAGUCUGGAGGCAGCUCUGGCGUGUCAUUGAGCGGUCCGACCUUGUCGUCCAGAUUGUCGACGCGAGGAAUCCGCUGCUCUUCCGGUCGGAUGACCUGGAAACAUACGUCAAGGCUGUCGAUCCGAAAAAAGAAAACCUGCUCCUCAUCAACAAGGCCGACAUGAUGACGCUGAGGCAACGGAAGGCCUGGGCAAAGCAUCUCAAGCAGGCCGGCAUCGCAUACAAGUUUUUCUCGGCACAAAUCGCCAAGGAGUUGAACGAACUGAGAGAACAGGAAGAAGAGUCGGACGAGGACCCUCGGCCGUUGUCGUCAGUGAGGGCCGGUAAACAGCCUGUCGCGGACGAGUCGUCGUCAGACGAAGAGGGGAACAAGGGCCCCGGAGGCGUGGAGGCGGGCGACGGGGAUGAAGACACUCAGAUCCUCACUGUCGAGGAACUGGAAGACAUAUUCCUCCAGCACGCCCCCGAAGACGCAGGGGCCGAUCACAAGCUGCAGGUUGGAUUAGUUGGCUAUCCCAACGUCGGAAAGUCGUCAACCAUCAACGCCCUGAUUGGAGCCAAAAAGGUGUCGGUCUCGUCGACGCCGGGAAAGACAAAGCACUUCCAGACCAUCCACCUCAGCGACCGCGUCAUCCUAUGCGACUGCCCCGGUCUCGUGUUCCCCAACUUCGCUUUCACAAAGGCCGACCUGGUCUGCAACGGCGUGCUGCCCAUUGACCAGAUGCGCGAGUCCACGGGGCCCGUCGGGCUCGUGACGCAGCGCAUCCCGCAGCGCUUCCUCGAGGCAAUCUACGGUAUCCGCAUCAAGACAAGGCCGCUGGAGGAGGGCGGCACGGGGAUCCCGACCGCCGAGGAGCUUCUCCGCGCCUACGCCAUGGCACGCGGCUUCAAGACGCAGGGCCUGGGCCAGCCCGACGAGUCGCGAGCCGCGCGGUACAUCCUCAAGGACUACGUCAACGGCAAGCUCCUCUUCGUUCGCCCGCCCCCGGGCAUCGAGGACUCAAGGGCCUUCAACAGCGAGCUCUAUGACGAGUACCAUCUCCCCGAGAAGCGCCGCGCCGCCCUCGUCGCCGCUGCGCAGUACCUAUCCCUCGACGACGACGACGACGACGAGCCGGCCGUCGACGUGUCCGACACGGUGGCCCUCCCCGCCGGCCCCAAGACGGAGCGCCUGGACGCGCGCUUCUUCGCCCCCAAGAGCACCCAGGGCCACCUCAGCCAGCCCUUCAACCACAAAUACACUGAGCAAGGCAGCGCCGACGCCGCCGCGGGCAAGCUCCUGAGCGGCCGCAAGGCCAGGACCAUGGUGGCGCUGGAAAACGGGCUGGACCCCAAGGAGGUGCAGGUGGUGUCGAGCAAGAAGCACUUCAAGGGCAGCGCCAGGAACGGCAAGGACAAGAAGCGCCGCAACCUCUACGCCAGCGCCGACCUGGACGACUAG